GGUUUGAUUUGUAUGAUGGGGAUGGUCUGCCGUUGAGUGUGGAUGUCUUGCAGACACAGAUACAGCAUUUGUUGGAUAAUUGUGAUGUGUCUGUUGCUGAGCCUAAAAUGGGUAUUCUCACUAGUUGGACUCGGGAUAAAUGGGCCAGAUGUUUUACCAAACUUUACCAGCGUAUUUUAUUAGGAAAUUUGAUUAUUUUUUUCUAGAUUCUUUAAAUGUAGCGAAUAUUUGUACUAUAUUGGACUGCAUAUGUAUUCUGUGCAUAGACACACCAGAUAUAAAUAAUAAUAAAGAAAAUGACACAAAAAGUACUAAAAGCUCAGUUCUUGCCCACAUGUUGCACGGACAUGGGACACACACCGCAAAUAGAUGGUUUGACAAGACUCUGCAGCUCGUUUACAAACUCGAGGACGGGUACUACGGAAUGACCUACGAACAUACCCCUGCCGAAGGGGUGGCCUUGGCUAAACUGGCUCAAUUCAUCCACGACCCGAAAACGUGUGGUCCGUCGACGAAGAAAUGGAGAACGAUAUUGAUUCCGCGUUUUUGCACAUUCAAAAGUACUUCAAAAACGAUUUUUAGAAAAAUAAACAACGUGGGUUGUCGAUAUCUCAAAUUUGACAAAUUCGGGAAAAAUUUGAUCAAAUCUUUAAAGAUCUCUCCCGAUGCGUUCAUUCAGGUGGCAUUCCAGUUGGCAUAUUACCGGUUUCUGGCUGUUUCCGGAAAGGGGACAGACAGACAUUUAAGCGCUCUCAAAUGGAUUGGGAUGGAAAACGGGGUCACUUUGCCUUCAUUUUUUGAGAAUGAGGCAUUUGGGGACUAUUUUCGUUUCAGAAUAUCUACCAGUCAAGUCCCCAUUUCAGGAGAGGGUGUUCUCGUGUUUGGUCCUGCCUGUCAGAAUGGAUACGGGAUUUGCUAUAAUCCUCAAGACGAGUUUAUUUUAUUCUCCAUCACCACGUUUUUGUUAUCUGAGAUCACUGAUGUCGAUGCCAUGUGUUCUGGACUAAGUGAGGCACUGUCUUAUCAGUAUUCCCUCCUUGGGAGUGCCGAUUGACAUUUCCUCUAUUCUUUUACUUGAUUUUA